CAAUGAAGAAUGAGCUACAUUAUUGUAUCUUGGAGAAGAUUCUCACAUCGACCUAGUGUCCUUCGCUUGCUCCGUGCGCUAGGCGAUAGUGCGACCCUAACACUGAAUUGACCAGAGUAGUAUAUUCUGCCUCCUGGCAUUAGUGUGCUAGUAGCGUAAUACGCGUGUGUGUAUAUGUGUGCUACUGUUUCCAAGUGUGACGCUACAGCUAACAUUACGUCUGAGCUCAACCUCCUCUGUACUGUCUGUAGGACAUCGCGCAAGCAUUGCUAGUGGUGAUUUCAGGUUUCACAGCAACUGUUUCAACGGUGUGUAAAGUUACGUAACGCAACGCAGUGCAGAGUUGGAGAGAUAUUACUCGGACGUGAGCUUUGGGCAAAGUCUCGACACUAAUUUACGACUUUAGUAGAGCAAGUGCAAGUCUGUGGGGUGGUGUGGCGCGAAGGAAUGUCCGUCUUCACCUCCGGCUCGGCGAAGUGUUUUGAUCAAGACCGCAUCAUUCGACACACGUAGAGAGAGACACACACACACGCACAGAGGUCCGCGGGAACACUACAGCCAAUGUGAGUGCCAGUGUAGCAUCGACAUCACACAGCCCGUGCACGUCCACCAGGCACCACCACCACCGCUGCUAAGCCAGAAUGAAAGAAAGCAGCGUGCUGUCCUCGCCAGACAGCCCUGGCAGCUCACGACCUGGCAAUGGUGCUAGCAGUGGACCACAGAACAACGCCAUCACUCUCGCUCUCAGCUGUCCAGAUACUACCAGUAGCAACACAGAGGGUGGUGAUGGUGGUGAUGGUAAUACACAUGUAGGUGGAAGUGGACAUGGACUCAGCAACAGCAGCAACAGCAACAGUAGUCAGACACCAGUACAGAUCGUUCCCAAUGAAGUGAAACAAACAGGAACAGCCUCAGAGGCAGGGGCAACAGGGACGGAGAUGGAGUCACAGCUGACACGACCAGCCUCAUCCUCCAGGUCUUCUCCCCCUGUACAGGCUGUAGCCGCCGCUUCACCGGCUAAGGACGCUGACACUGCUGCUGACACUGCUGCUGCUGCUGCUCCAGUGCGACGCUCUCAGCGUGCCUCCAUGCCGCAGUUGAGUGGCAGGAACGGUGCAGAUCAAGUUGGUGGUAAUGUCACUGGUUGUGUUAGUGGUGCUGCUGCAGGUGGUGGUGGUGGAACAGGGUCUCUGAGAGGUUCCCCGUCAGUUCUACGUCCUCACUCCGUUAGCCUUGCUGCUGCUGCCAGCGCUGCUGUCUUGGAUGGUGCACGGGAGCAGGACGAGCAGCCACGGACGCCGACAGCUAGCAAGAGAAGGACAAGACCACCAAGUGGAGAGGGUAGACGAAGGUCGCUACCACUGGUACAUUCACCGCACGUCAGGGCAUCAUCCCUGGCAACAGGCUCGCCCAGAAUCACUGGCAACAGGCUCAGCCAUAACGGAGGAACUACCAACAGCAGCUCCAGUCCUGGGGUAGCCCAUUGUGCUAAUAACCUUGUACCUGCGCUUGCUGCUGCAACGGCUGGUGUCUCACAGUCCACCUCAAGUCCGGCGUUGAAGCCUCGCGUGACGCCCAAAGCAACGGCACUAGACGGUGAGAGUGAGUGCGAGUGCACGUCGUUUCGUGGCCUAAACCCAGUCCACCAGCGAUCGAGUAGCUAUGGAAACACUGGCCCUGUAGAUUCCCCGAAAGCAGUUUUGAAGGGCUCUAGCUCUGCGGAUGACGUGGUCGUUGUCGUAGCUGACCAACUGCAGGGCCGUGCAGGCGCUGCAUCCGAGCGAGAAAAGACGAAAUUUGAGACUGCAUCAACAGCGCACCCUGCCACGACCAGCAACAGCGAAAGCUCCACGGAAUGCUCACCAAACAGCCGGCGACGAAAAGAGUCAAACUCUCUUGCAACAAUAAGUGGGGCCAGUGCGGCAGCGAAGACUAGUUCAUUGGAUGCGAAAGUCAGGAGCCGACAUCAGCUGGGGGGUAGUGCUGGUGGGGGGCUGUUCGCACAGCGUCGUCAACGCUCGCUGUCAGCUCAAUACUCACCGAGUAGUAGUGGUGGUGGUGGCAGUCCUGCAUUGUCGUGUUCGCCAUCGCGAGGUGACAGUCGCCGACACAGUACCAAUGCUCCUGGUUUACACACGCUAGCACGAACAGCAGCAACAACGCUAGCGCUGCAGCAUCGAGACGGCGUUGAUGAGUCGACACCAAUCAGUGCAACCGUAUCCUCAUCAGCGCGUCAGUCUGCUCAAUCUACGGGAACAAACUGUUUGGCUUCCGAAGAGCGCAGAACAAAAAGUUCAAGAAAUGGAGUUGGCGAGGACGACGGUUUGCAGACGACGGCAGACAGAGAAGCGCUCUACAAAGCCAUCGCAGAGUACAACCAGCGGCGGCAGCAGCUAGGGAUUUUCAAGAUUCAACUCUGUCCGAGUUUGGAGGGUGUGCAUUACGAAGGCGCUCUUCGCUUCUACUACACAUCACCAUCAGGACAAGAGACGGCUAAAGUUGUACGGGUUCAGAACACCACAUCGGCACUGGAUCUGGUGCCGCUGCUGCUGCCCAAGUUCUCCACCUGCAUCGACGAACGUCUGAGAAGCCAUCCUGGCCACUUCUACCUCGCCAUUGUCGAUCGUCACGGGGAGCAUCGUCUUGAGGACGACGAGUACCCGCUGCAGAUCUCGUUCCGCUCGGCAGCCGACGCCCCGCACCGCUAUCUGCUACGGCAGACAGACCCUGUAGAAUGUACUGCUGCCACUGGUAGUGCUGCUGUUACUGCUGCUGCUAGUGCUGCUGGUGGUGGUGGUGGUGGUGGUGGUGACCACCUUGACCAGCUAUCAUCUGCUACUGCUCUCAGUACGGUCGGUAGAGAGAGCACUGCAUCGCUCCUGACCACCGCGACGACUACAACGACUCCCGUGGCAUCGUCGGCAAUUGCCUCUAACGUUGUGACGGCAGCGAAGACGACCUCGCAAGAUUCCCUUGACACGGACAGCACCCUGUUCACCAGCAGCGGCGAAGGUGUACUCGUACCCAGACCUGGCACGACGACGACGUCGGCAGCCCUAGCCCAGCACCGCCAGUCGCUGUCAGUGGAACGAGAGCAGGUUGCCGCGACGAUGAGUACCUUGUCCGUCAUGCCCUCGUCGCUGCCGCUCUCCAGUAGCCCGGUGGGCCGUCGUCCGCUUAGCCUCAGCCAGUCCAGCAUCAAUGCAGACUCUGUGUCGGAUAGCAGCAGUAGUGUGGAUCACCAUGCUGGCAUCAUGCCCGGCGACAAUGCUGGUGGCGCCUACACCGGCACCACUGGGACGAGCAUGCAAUCGCCCGGCCAUGCCACCACCAGCAGUACCAGCAGCACCACGCCGCGCCGUCUCAUACAGACACUGCGACGCAACAUGCGCCGCCAGAGCAGUGCCGGCAACCGGCGCAGUUGGCAUGGCGACGAGGAGCGUCGUCGUAGUAGCGCGUCGGCCGUGAACUCCAUACGGGUGUACACCGGACCGGGCCUGCAAGAGCAGAGCGCUUCAGAUUACAAGACGGUGUUCGCCUCCGACGACACGGUGGCCAGAGAUGUGAUUGAGUCGGUGCUGCAGCGCCUGUUCAUCUACGAUCAGAGCUGUGACGACUUUGUGCUGUACGAGACCAUAGGAGCGCUGGAAUGGUACCACUGCGUGUCCGGCGAUAUCAUAGAAUACAACGAUGGCGUCGCCGACUGGGCUAACGUGGCGCAGCGCUUCACGCCGCGCUACUCUCGGCUGGUGGCGCCCAACGAGUACCCGCAGGUGCUGAUGCGCCUCUGGCAGGUUGACAUGGGCUCGGAGCGGCGCAUGUACGUACACCAUCGCAACGCCGUGCCGCAGUACCGCCUCUCGUCGGGCACUCCGUCACGCAGCUCGUCCCCCCAGGCUCAGCAGCAGCCAGCGGAGGACAGUGGCCGGGCGGUGACGCCGCAGCUGACGUACGUACAGCGCUUCUGCGACUCUCCGUCCAAGCUGCAGUUCACGGGUGUGUACACGGACAACCUCUGCACGCCGUUCCUCGUCACGCUCUCGUGCUCCCAGCCGGAGAAGAACCUCCUCGUGUACCCUUUGAUCGACAAGGUAACGUCCAUUGGUCAGCUAGCGACCGGCACCAGUGUGAGCAUAGCGCUGGCUGGGUAUGAUCUGCUGCCUCUCCACUGUACGAUACGCUGUACGGAGGUCAGUAGGAACAGUAGUAGUUCGCUGAACGCCGCCAAGAUGCAGGACCGGCGCGAUAUCUUCUCGCUGGACGCGGCCAAGGAGGCUCACGUGGCAGUGAAUGGCGCACCGGUGUCCGGCAUGCUGGUGUUGCGAGAUGGAGAUCUACUGCACCUGGCCACGUCUCACGUCUUCGUCUUCCGCGACCCGUCACAGCCGCUGUCGCUGAGCAACGGCUGGAAGUGGUUGCCGCAGCCAGACUUCACCUCAGCUGCCGGCAGUCUGUCCACCACGACCGACAUCACCAGCGGCUCUAUGCAUACUGCAUCGUUGGCCGAUGACCCGUCCUCGCAAACCAGCGAGGCGACACCAUCAACAUCAUCGUCGCAACGUUCGGCACGAGUCAUCACGACAUCAUCAUCAUCAGCAUCGUCACGCAAAUCUGUGAGCCUAUCGACGGUCUCCAUCGGUUCUGACCCACAGCAUCAGCAGGGUGGCAGCACACCCUCUUCGCCGUCCGACAGUCUGACUCGCACUAUGCCGCUAGUGUUCAGUGGCAUCCAACAGGAAGAUGUCUUUGUGCAGCUGACGCUGACUACUGCAGACGUCAGCUCACUACCUAAUCCCUUAUCUCCAUCCGCAGCCAUUAUCCUGGCACUAGUGAGGUUCAACCCAGCGACAACGGCGACAGCAGGAGCAGAGCAGGAUGCAGUAGCGGCGAGCGGCAAGUCUUCUCUGUCCACGGCGAGAAAGCAGUACCUGAAGCGGUUUCUAGGCAAGGCGUGUGAAGCGCUGCAGGGCGUAGUGUGGCAAACAGCGGCGAUAUUGGACGACCACAAGGCACAUCUGACACUUGACACUGACCCCAUGCACUUGCUCAACACCAUGUCACAUGACCUGCAAGAGCUGAGCGCGUGGAUGGCCAACGUUCUGGAGAUCGCUAACUGCGCACGCAGGCUGCUGCGCAAUCUUGGCGUCAACCCGGCUUCCGCGUCCACAAACGCUUCACUGUCCUCUCUCAGCGGUGGCACAGCACUGGACUCUGCCGAAGCUGCACUCGAUCAAGAGCUAUCGGAGUCCCUGACGGCACUGCAGGAUAUUGUGAUCUACGCGUUUCAGCAGGUCCUCUAUCCAGUCACAAAGCUUCUGUACAUGGUGUUGCCGGCAGUACUGGACGAGAAUCCGUUUGAGUUCAUGCACCGCGGGACGGGCGAUUCCGGCGAUCAGAAAGCCACCAGCAUCAGUGGUAGCAAGAGUCAUGGGCAUGGCUUCACGGCCAGCCACUCCACUUCAUCGGACAGCGGUCUGGGACGCAGCGUCAGCGGCAGUGACCAUAGCAGCAUGUCCGAUAUCGACUCCACCUCGCCCACUGGCAAGCGCGGCAGUGGUGCUAGUGCUGGUGCUGGCGGUGGAGAUUGUGGAAGUGAUGGCGGCGGGAAUGACUCUAAGCACAACGAUGGCCGGAGCACCACCACGUCUGCUGCUCACAAAGACAGUCAAGUCAAGCGGUUGACUGACAUCCUCCAGUUAGUACUGGAUCUACUGGGUCAGAGUCAGCUUCACCCAAACAUUACUCUGCAGCUCUUGUCCAAUAUCUUCUUCUUCACCAACGCGUCGCUGUUCAACACUCUGAUGGACGAAGGGGCCGGUGACCGGUUUUACCGCUGGAACAAGGGUAUUCAGAUUCGCACCAAUCUAGACAUACUGGAGACAUGGGCAUCACAGCAAGGUGUCACCAAGGAAGCUAUUCGUCAUCUACAACAGCUGUCAGCCGCAGCUGAUCUGCUUGCAUCGCCAAAGCAGGCCUUGCUUCAGACAUCAUGGUCACAGUUGCGUGCCGAGCACAAGUCGCUGACACCAGCUCAGUUACAUCGUCUGUUACAACACUAUCAACUCGGUGCCAACCAUCGACGUCCUAUUGGCUGGCUGCCGCUGUCUUCAGAGAUGGCUAGUGCACAGGAUGUGGACGAUGUACUGGUCAGCUUUGCCUCGCAUCCUCCAUUGCGUAUCCCGACCGGUAACUACAUCUUCAGCUUACAGUCCGUACCACCGGUUGUGGGCAUCACCGACUUCAUGGCCUCUCUCUGCCGACAGAUGGCUGAUGCAGGUUAUCCCUUGUCCAAAGACAGCGGCAGAUCACUGUCUACUUCAAAGACGGACCUCGACUCAAACCUGCCAGUCUCUUCAUCACCAACUAACGUCACAAGCAGCUCCGGUGACGAAUCACGCCGUCCCGUUGCCAUAGUUUCCCCUCAGCUCCCGUCUCCACAGUCGGGCGGUGGAACAUCAUCAUUGUCAACAUCGGUGGAGUCCACGGCGAAGACGACUGUUCUUGAUGACGUCUGCCUGGAAGACGUUGAUAGUGCUUCCUAUGGUCUAGCUGCUAUUGCGGAAGCUGAUGAGGAGGAUGGCACACCGCAAGUCUUACGACGUCAUCGACGUCAGCAGCCAGCAUCCACCGGUAGUAAAGAGGACCAGCAAUCACGUGCAGCAGGAGCAGCCAGUGCAACAUCUCCAGCAGGCACCACCGCCAACCCAAGCAGUGGGGGUGACGUAGACUCCACAACAGCAACUGCAGGGAAUGCACCAGCAGCAGCAGCAGGCUCGGUGGUAGUGACUGCAGGCGCAUCACGCGGUCGUUGGUCCUCACCGCCGUCCAGUCUCACCACCUCCCCGACAUCCACACUGAACAGAAACAUAUCACGGUCGACACAGGCUCUGCACUCCGAGCUAGUGGACACCGACAGUACGGACGAGUUUGUAGUGGUCAACCUGAAGAAGACAGACUCCGGUAGCAUCGGAAUGGGACUGAUUGAUGGAACACUAAUGGGCGCAGCUCCUGGCCUGUACAUCUCCUCUCUUGUUCCCGGUUACCCAGCAGCAGAGAGUGGCAAGUUACGCGAAGGUGAUAAGCUACUGGCCAUCAACAGUUGCAACCUGAGUCGCGCAUCACAAUCCCAAGCGUACGAUGUCUUGAAGUCCACGUCACGCCGUGUGACGAUACUUGCCAUACGAGAUGCCGCGGCGGCCGAAAUGAUAGUAGCCUCUAGCUGCUGACCCUGGGUAUUGAUAGCUGCUGAUACUGGGUCUUGAUGUGAACACUUGAGCCGUACCCUCUGUUACAAACCCUAGACUAUACAGAGGCAUUGUGCCUUCGACUGCUAGAUUACUUGAUGCCGGUGACCGGCAGAGUGCAGUACACAAGAGGUACACACCGGAAAGUAGGUCUUGACUAGCCCUUGAUUUUAAGUAACAUGCAGACGGCCAUAGCAUGCAGACGACCAUAGCAUGCAGACGGCCAUAGCAUGCAGACGACCAUAGCAUGCAGACGGCCAUAGCAUGCAGACGACCAUAGCAUGCAGACGGCCAUAGCAUGCAGACGGCCAUAGCAUGCAGACGGCCAUAGCAUGCAGACGGCCAUAGCAUGCAGACGGCCAUAGCAUGCAGGCGGCCAUAGCAUGCAUAUCAGUCACACUAGAGUAGUGCAGUAGCUCGAGUUGAUAAUUCGUUGCAUUCCGUGACACGACUGUCCGCAUAGCCUGCAUAUAUCGCAGCAGCCUUUCGCAAGCGCUUUGCUCUGCUCUGCAUGUGGGAGGCCGUCGAAUAGCACAAUAGCCGUGCAUGUAACCUUAUGCGUGUGCGGGUCACCGUCGCAAACGGUCGCCUGUGAGAGAAUGUAUCGCUCUUGAUGCUGCCCAUAUAUCCAGCAGCACAGACCUUCAGCUAGCCUAGUGCCUGUAGAUGUCUUUCUUGGCACUGCAUGUGCAUGCAUUUGCAUGCAUGUGUGCAUGUGUAACCAUAGCCGUUUAGCUGCAGCUGGCCUUUUCCAGCGUGUACAGUGGCUGCAUGAGAUGUUGAGAGAGCCGCCGGAGACCAGAAAGAGAUAAAUAUCCAGUCCUAUUAUUAUUAUUAUUGCUCACACAGUAAGUUAGUUCCAUAGCUGCCACCACCACUGCCACUGCUUGAGCCACUCCAUGCUCCUUGCUUCUUCUUUUUUAUCCAUUUGGACACCAUGCCUUAUCCUCUGAGCACUCUCUAGCAUCGCCAUGGAUACUUUCUAGUAUACCAUGGAGAUGUUCUAGCAUCACCAUGGAGAUGUUCUAGUAUCACCAUGGAGUAUUGCUAGCCUCACCAUGGAUGCCUGUAUAAUUAUUAUGCUAGCGGAGCACUGCACAUGUACGCUCCACAGCUCAGAGCCAUAUUUUGUAAAUGA